AUGCAGAAGGACGGGUCUUGUGCCUUCUUGGACGAGCUCCCGUUAAUCCCUUUUGACCAUCACAAUGUGCAGGGCGACACAUCGUCGUUGCUGACGGGUGGAACAAAUGCUACUCUGGAGACAGACUCGCCCAGCACGAAAUCCUCGCCCAAGCCGAAGUCGAAAUCGAAGCCAUUCCCGAAUCGCGCGCGCAGGUGGUGUUACUACCUCGUGAAGAAAUUCGUGGAGACGUCGCUCUGGGUUGGACUCGAUGCGCACCUCGUUUCAGUCGACUCAGAGGAGCAGUCUAUCACGAUCGACUGGAUCGUUUUCUGCUACUGCCCACACGGUGCCUCUGCGUCCACUCCGGCCUGUCCUGAUGUCUACAUCUACUUUGAUCAAAACCUGUUGCGGAAUAGUUCAACGUCGACUACGGACAACGAGAAACCUGGACCCCUGUUCCUUCUGAACGCAGCGGAUUACGUGGCUAAUCAUAAUACGACCAAUCCUGAUUAUCGCUACAAUUCUCCGCAGUUCAGGACCGAGCUGAUCAUGACCGCCUUCUAUCGUGGCAGUCGAUCCAGUCAGUCAUAUCCCUUCGACAGGUAUACAUCUACCUUGGUUCUUUUUGCGCAAUCAGUCAGCGACAAUAGCACGAUACCCAUCGGCUUCGGUUACACAGGAGGAGUUGCUGUUGGAUUCAAUGCAAAACUUGACAUAUACGAAUCCGGGGACUUUGCGCACGACGUUGCGAUCAAGAAUCUGAUAGUCACCCGAGGACAAGUCAUCAGGAUCUAUGCAUUGACCAUCGUCAUUGCAAUGUGGAUGAUCACGAUCACCUUCGUCUUGGCCUGUAUUGUGUCUGUGUUCUUCGGCAAAGGUGUCAGGCGAGGUCUUGGUGCUGCCAGUCCCGACAUUGUUUGCAUUCACCUCUUUGCGGACCACGAUGCCUGGUGCACCGAGUGGUUUCGGUGCCGAUAUCGGUGGGUAUUGCAGCGGUUUACGCUGCCAGACGUCGCUCAUGUUGCAUUCCAGAUUUCGUAG